CCAUUUCAAUGGUUGGUCGCGUCACACGAUUUGAAGCGGCGCUCCAUUCUUGAACACCCGCCACUACCUCCUGAUUCUGGCGAGCGACACCCCUGCGAACCCAUGAGCGAGUAUGACGAAUAUUUCGAUUCUCUCGAUGAUGAGGUGUUGGCUGAAGUAAACGCGCUCGAGGCGACACAUAAUGAACGCCAACAGUCUGCAACGAACAGAACAGAAAGCACAAAAGACGCGCCAAAGGCCCUAAUAUUGUCAGAUACGGAAUCAGAGCUCGAGUUUGAAGAAGUUUCCAUGAAUGUAGAAGACAUGAAACGGCUGGAAGAAGCAGCUUCCAAACGCAUAAAACAAAUAGGAUCAUCCAAAUGGAUUGCACCGGCUCAUAACAUGGCUACCUCUCGACAAACCAACUUAUUCGGAGAAGUUCUGGAUAAUCAGCCUCAGUCCCAGCAAACACAGCACAGACCAGCCUUUGGGCAAAAGCUUAGGAAGACUAAGGUGUGGGACAAGACGGCCUUUGCAAAGACAGGCUGGAGAAGUACCAAACCACCUAAAGGACGUAAAGGAAAGGGGAAAGCAGUAGAUGAAGAAAUGGGUGAAGAGGAAUAUGUUGAUCUGGAGGGCCUACCAGAGCCUUUCAUGCCUCUGAGUGGUUCGUGCAUUUCCCUCACACCUACUAACUUCUCUAGGCCUCUCCAACCGGAUAAAUUGGCUAUGAAAGAAUGGAUAUUUCCUCUCAAUAAUCCAAAGCGAGAUUAUCAGUACAAUAUCGUCCAGCGUAGUCUUUUCGAAAACUGUCUCGUGGCCAUUCCCACCGGUGUUGGCAAAACCUUCAUUGCUGGGAAAAUAAUAUUUGUCGCGCCAACCAAGCCCCUUGUAGCUCAACAAAUCGAAGCUUGUCAUCAUUCAUGUGGAAUUCCUGGAACAGAUGCAAUAGAACUGACAGGACAAAUACCCCGAGAAAUGCGAGCAGUCCACUGGAGAAAUAAAAGGGUGUUCUAUAUGACACCUCAAACCUUGGUCAAUGAUCUAGCAACGUCGACAUGUGACCCGACAUCAAUCGCCCUCCUCGUCAUAGAUGAGGCACAUAAAGGAACCGGCGACUAUGCAUAUGCACAAAUCGUGCGGUUUAUGAUGGCAGUAAACCCGUUCUUCAGGAUCCUUGCGUUGACAGCCACUCCCGCGAGUAAACCUGAGGCUGUUCAGGCGAUUGUCGACUCGCUACAUAUCAGUCAUAUCGAGAUCAGAAAUGAGGGUAGUAUGGAUGUACAGCCAUAUAUGCGCAAAAAGUUGGAAUACAGUAUUACGAUGGGAUAUCGUGCCUUAAAAGAAGUAACCGAAGGCGGUAAACAGCAAGCGAAGAAAUUUACCUCAAGUAAAGGAGACUCUAAGAUUAGUAACGAUCCAAAUUACAUUGCCACUAUCCGAGAGAUGGAACGACAAAGAGAUCUUCUUCGGAAUCGAUUCCCUGCUCACCCCAAAAUGGAUAAAUUACGUACGAUUGCAAUCCAACAUUUUGCUCGAGCUGAGUUAGAGGAAGAAGGCAAGAGCACAUCGAGCUUGGGCGUUUCUUCCACAAAAAUGAUCGUCUUUUGCACCUUUCGUGAUUGCAUAGAAGAGAUUGUGGAGAUCUUGAACGAACAAAGGCCCAUGAUACGGGCCCAUCGGUUCAUAGGACAAAGUACAAACGCCAGAGGGAAAGGGGUUUCUCAAAAGGAGCAAGUAGAGAUUAUUAAACGAUUCAAGGAAGGAGAGUAUAAUGUCCUCGUAUCGACGUCAAUUGGAGAGGAAGGUCUCGAUAUUGGAGAAGUGGAUGUUAUCAUACAACGCAUCGGACGAACAGGCCGCAAGAAAGAUGGCAGAGUGGAAGCCCUUGUUACCAAAGAUCGAGAAGAGAACAAUUGGGCCAAAGCACAAGAUACAUACAAAGUGGUACAGCAAACUAUUGUUAGAGGCACAGAUCUCGAACUCUUUGGGGAUGUCGAACGACUUUUACCUGAGAGUGUCCAACCGAAAUGCAUCGAGAUGAUUAUGGAGAUUAUCCCCUAUGAAAGAGAGGAACGGAGAAGGGGUUCAUCCAAACAAAAUGCUGGAAGAUCUGGUAGCACGAACAUCAAGGAUGCACUCAUGAAACGUUCCCGAGUUGUAGAAGAUGACCCAGAAGCUGGCUCGCCUGUGAAGAAAAAGGCCAAGAAAUUUGUGGAUUCGGAAUCAGACGGAGAGAUACCACCUAUCAAGAAAACGCUGACAAAAUCAAGGAGCCUUGUUAAGGCCCAGCCCUCUGGAUCAGCAGGAUUCUCGUCAGCACGAAGCAUGUUAUCAAAUGCGCAGCAUGAUAGUCAUGAAGAAGGUGGACAACCUCCCAACUCUCGAACUAUUUUCAAGGUUACUGCCCCUCAAAAGUCCGGCAAGAGUAGCAACCCAUCAGGGUCAAGAUCGAAAGCAGCAGAAAGACGACCUGUUACGAAAAAUACUAUGUCAUGGCUCUUCGACUCUGAUUCGGAUUCCCCGCUGAACGCCCAGGCUAAUAACAAAGAAGACGCGGUAAUCGAACUCACGGACACCGAGGAAGAUGAAUCAGAUGUGGUGUUAGAAGAAGAUCGCGUUACUCCAUCUCACAUUGAGAAAGUUAAGUCACAAGAUGACGAGCCUGCACAUCGAGCAACUUCAUCGCCAGACUCCUCAUUUAUAGUCCCACCUGUCCGGCGUCGUCGCCAGCUUGCUAACGUGGACGAUUUCAGUGUCAGUCAUGACUUGAAAUCACAACCAGCACGCAGACUGAAGCGAAAGGACGGUGUUACGGAUAAGGCACUCAUGCCACCUCCGCCGCUUCCGAAAUCUUCUCAGGGUGAGGUCGUUUCGCCACGACCUCGUCACCCAAAGCAGAUACACAAAUCUAAGGUUCAAAAACCGUCAAUACUCGAUAGAAACAUACUGCUAGAAAUGGAAGCCAUUCACUCUGGAGAUGAGGUUGAGGCCGGUUCCUCUGAUUCGGAGGGAGUCGAAAACAGUUCCGAUCGCGAAUUCGUAGUUGAUACCUCGGCAACUCAAAUAGAUACUGAUUAUGAUCAAAGUGCUGUCUACCGACAAGGUCUAUUCACCCAAGCACCUGCUGGGGGACCACAGUUCACAUCAGCUCCUAUUCGCAACGGUUACCUUGGACGAGGUAAAGGCAACAGUUUAACACAUGGUAACUUUUCUUCCUCUCCUUCAAGAGGAGAUGAACUGGACACCUAUUCCCUUGGGAGCUUUGUAGUGGACGACGAUGACGAGAUUCUGGAGGAGUCAAGCGAAUAA